AUGGCAGGCGGGCUGCAGCCGCCUUCAGCAGUAGAGGAGCAGAAAAAAGCAGCAGCGAAGCAGCAGGGGGUAAUAUUUGUGCUGGAGAACGCCAGCCUGGAAACAGCUAAAGUUGGCAAGGGGUACGCACUCCUGAACUGCGACGACCACGCCGGAUUCCUGCGGCGGCAUGACAAGGACCCGGCGCUAUACAGGCCGGACAUCUGUCACCAGGCGCUGCUCGCCAUCCUAGACAGCCCCCUCGCCAAAUCUGGCCGCCUCAAGGGGCUGUACGUGCACACGGCAAAGAACGUGCUCAUCCAGAUCAACCCACAGGUGCGGCUGCCGCGGACGUUCAAGCGCUUCUGCGGGCUCAUGGUGCAGCUGCUGCAGAAGCUCAGCAUUCGCGCCACCAACGGGCCAGACAAACUCCUCAAGGUGGUCAAGGGUCCAGUCACCCUGCACCUGCCGGCAGGCUGCCGACGUGUUGCCUUCAGCCGGCAGGCACCUGACUUGGUCAAACUCAAGGACUUUGUGCGGGAGCUGCCGGACAGCACGCCUGCAGUGUUUGUGGUUGGGGCGAUGGCGCAUGGGAAAAUCGAUGCCAGCUAUGUGGAUUCGUGGGUGUCUGUAUCUGAGUUUCCCCUGUCCGCUGCCUGCUGCCUGGGGCGUAUCACAAAUGCCUUUGAGGACAAAUGGGACAUCGUAUGA